AUGAAUAAAAAAACGAAUAAAGCAGUAAUUCCGAAGAAAAAAGUUUUAGAAGAGUCAAAGAAAACUACAGAGCCUAAAAUCAAGCAAAAACAUGAAAGCCAAAAAAAACAAAACAACAUAAUCCAUGCACACCAGAAACCACGUACAAAAAUAAAUAACCAGAAAAAGUCAAACAAAAUAAAUCAAAAAGAAGAGUCAAAAAUUGUGGAAACUGCUGAACCCUCCUAUUCAACACUAAAAGAAAUAACAGAUGGAUUAAAACAAUUCAUUGAAGAAGGACGCGAUACUUCAGAUCCGCCUCCAUUCUCAUUAUCAUCAAAAUCAAAAGAAGUGCUUAAACUUAUGAACUUUUUAGGAGAAGAGCUAUUUUGCCUUAAUACGCCUUUCCAAAUAGAAUCACUACCAAUUUUCAGUCUUUUUUUCCAGCUUUUAGGCCAACCACUUCCGUUUAAAAUUGAUGAAGCUUCGGCACAGUGCAGAGCGUUUUUUAUUGAUACUUGAAACAAAGCAGCUCUUGAAGGAAAAUUGUUGAGUGAGAUACUUGAAGAAAAAAUCAAUACUUUUGAUUUUUCUUUUAACAAUAUAAGCAGAUGUGGUGCGUUGGUUAAAGGGCAUCAUUCGAAAUUAGAUCCAAAUUUUCAUUCAAAUACUUGCAUAAUAGCUGGAAUUAUUGCGUUUAUAGUUCGCGAUGCUUUAGUAUAUGGAGGCGUUGCAAAAGGGGAAGGACCUACAAAGCUUUAUGGUUAUCUUUUAUACAAGAAAAAUCAUAUUUCAGAGAGAUAG